UACACAGGGCUCCUGAGCGGCGCUGGAGGCCCUGCAGUGGCGGCGUCAGCAGCAAGCAAGGGCGGGCCGGUGCGUGACAUGCCGGGCAGGGAGGGCGCGGGGCCAGUGCGAGCCAUGGACCUCAGGGGCGGCGGCGAGCCUGCACCCGCGGAGCCAGAGGCGGACACCGAGGCGCCAAGGCGUGCGGGGCUCCUCAAUAGCGGAGGGCUGCCCGAUGCCGCAAUCUCCGUCGCCGGCGGCGGGGACACGGGGCCGAGGCGCGCCAGUCCAAUUGCGGGAACAGCAAGGCCGAGGUACACAGGGCUCCUGAGCGGCGCCGUGGGUCCCGUGGCGGCGCUGUCAGCAGCUAACAGGGGCGGGCCAGUGCGCGCCAUGCCAGGCAAGGAUGGCGCGGGGCCGGUGCGAGCCGUGGACCGCAUGGGCAGCGGCGAGCCUGUAGCUGCGGAGUCAAAGGUGGACACCGCGGCGCCCGUGCGUGCGGAACUCCUGAGAGACGUAGGGCUGCCAGGAUGCGUGCAGUCAGAUCCUGGUGGGGACAACUCCGAUCGCGUCAUGCCCAUCGAUGGAGACUGGGCUCCAGGGCGCGCGUAGGCCCGGAGGGGCGACGGUGGACCCAGAUGCAGGGGAUCUAAGGCUGACAUCGGCAGCCCUGGGCGCACAAAAGAUCUCGGGGACGACGGGCUUCCCGAGUUGGCGGUCUCCGUCGCGGACGGCGGGAACACGGAGCCCGCCCUUGACAGGCCGCACACGGGGGGCGCCGAGCCAGAGUGCACAGGGCUUCUGGGCAGCGCGGCAGGGCCCGUGCUCGCGCUAUCGCAGGCGGGCGGGGUCGGCCCGGUGCGAGCCGUGCCGGACGGCGGCGUUGCAGGGCCCAGGUGCGAGAGGCUCCUCGGCGGGGGCGGCGCGCCCACACUGGCGAAGUCAGACGCCAACGGCGAUAAGCCGGGGCACGUAGAAGACCUGGGCAACGAGAUUGACCCUGGGUGCAAGGAGUCAAUGGCUGACGGUGCCAGGCCAGGCCUUGCAUGACUCCGCGGCGGCGACGAGCUUCCAAUGUUCCCGACGUCGUUAGCAGGUGUGGCCGCGCCGAGGCGCCCAAUUCCGCACAUGGGGGGCGCGGGGCCGGAGCGAGCCAUGGACCUCAGGGGCGGCGACGAGCCUGCACCCGCGGAGCCGGAGGCGGACACCGAGGCGCCAGGGCGUGCGGGGCUCCUGAGUAGCGGAGGGCUGCCCGAUGCCGCAAUCUCCGUCGCCGGCGGCGAGGACACGGGGCCGAGGCGCGCCAGCCCAAUUGCGGGAACAGCAGGGCCGAGGUACACAGGGCUCCUGAGCGGCGCCGUGGGUCCCGUGGCGGCGCUGUCAGCAACGGACAGGGGCGGGCCGAUGCGCGCCAUACCAGGCAGGGAUGGCGCGGGGCCAGCGCGAGCCAUGGACCGCAGGGGCAGCGGCGAGCCUGCAGCUGCGGAGUCCAAGGCGGAUACCGCCAAGCCAAUGCGGGCGGAACUCCUGGGCGACAAAGAACUGCCGAGGGCCGCGCAAUCAGAGACUGGCGAGGCCGACUCCAAGCGCGUCAUGCCGAGUGGAGGCGACGAAAGGCCAGGGCGCGUGGAGCACCGGAGGGGCGACGGUGGACCCAGAUGCAGGGGAUCCAAGGCUGACAUCGGCAGCCCUGGGCGCACAAAAGAUCUCGGGGACGACGGGCUUCCCGAGUUGGCGGUCUCCGUCGCGGACGGCGGGAACACGGAGCCCGCCCUUGACAGGCCGCACACGGGGGGCGCCGAGCCAGAGUGCACAGGGCUUCUGGGCAGCGCGGCAGGGCCCGUGCUCGCGCUAUCGCAGGCGGGCGGGGUCGGCCCGGUGCGAGCCGUGCCGGACGGCGGCGUUGCAGG